AUCCAUCCAAUUUUCCUGGUUCAGAAAGGACCACCCAUUUCCUCCUUCUUCUCAUUUAUGGCAGCCCUCCUUCUUCCACUCCACCUUCAUUAGCCCUCCGCCAAUGUGACCUCCUUGCCUUCUCCUCCUCAUAUCCUUCUCUCUGCGAUAUCAUAUUCAUAUCAUGGCCGCAGAAUACAACGCCAAGAGAAAUUCUAAUGCCCAGCUUCUUGAAGAAUUGGAGGCUCUAAGCCAAUCCCUUUACCAGUCACACACUUCCACCACGCCAGCUCCUACCCGAAGAACUGCUUCCCUUGCUCUUCCACGAACUUCAGUUCCUUCAAUCCCUUCAGCUGAUGAUGACGCCGAUACUUCCCUCACCGCAGGCACACCGAUCAACAAACCUCGUACCCGCCGCCUCUCCUUGUCCCCAUGGCGCUCAAAGCCGAAGCUUGAGGAAACCAAGGCAGCGGCACCAGCAACCACUCGGCCAGAAAGCAAGAAGUUGGAUGAGAGAUCAACUUCGGCUGAGAAGAAAGGAAUUUGGAGCUGGAAGCCUAUGAGAGCUCUUUCUCACAUUGGAAUGCAGAAACUAAGUUGUUUGUUUUCUGUUGAAGUUGUCGCCGCACAAGGCCUUCCUUCUUCAAUGAAUGGACUCAGGCUUUCUGUUUGUGUUAGGAAGAAGGAGACGAAGGAUGGAGCUGUGCAGACAAUGCCAUCUCGGGUCGCACAAGGAGCUGCUGAUUUCGAGGAGACUCUGUUCAUCAGAUGCCACGUUUAUUGCACUCAUGGAAGUGGAAAGCAGAAGCUUAAAUUCGAGCCACGCCCGUUUUGGAUUUAUCUAUUUGCAGUUGAUGCUAAAGAGCUCGAUUUCGGAAGAAGCUCCGCGGAUUUGAGCCACUUGAUUGCAGAAUCCAUUGAGAAAAAUCAACAGGGCACGCGAAUUCGGCAAUGGGACACGAGCUUUAGUCUUUCUGGAAAGGCUAAAGGAGGAGAGUUAGUUGUGAAACUCGGUUUCCAAAUCAUGGAGAAAGACGGAGGGAUUGAGAUUUAUAACCAAGAUGAGAACACAAAAUCCAGCAAGUUGAAAAAUUUAUCAUCGUCUUUUGCUCGCAAACAAUCGAAGACAUCCUUCAGCAUGCCUAGUCCGAGGAUAACGAGCAAAAGCGACAUUUGGACUCCCUCACAGUCACAGGUAGGAGAAGAAGUAGAUAUUCAGGGAAUGGAUGAUCUGAAUCUUGAUGAUCCAAACCCAAUUCAGGAUACCUCUACCUCUGCCCGAAAAUUCGAUGAUCAGAAGGCAAAGGUGGAGGAUUUUGAUCUUCCCGAUUUUGAGGUUGUAGACAAAGGAGUUGAAGUUCAAGAGAAGGAAGAAGAUGGAGCGGAAUCUGAAAAAUCAAUGGACAUGAAGUCGGCUUCAAGCGAGGUGGUCAAGGAAAUAGUGCACGAUCAAUUAUACCUAAACCUAGCAAGAUUAACCGAGCUUGAUUCAAUUGCACAACAGAUAAAAGCUCUCGAGUCUAUGAUGGGAGAAGAUUUUAAAGCUUUAAAAACCGAGGAUGAUACAGAAUCACAGAGAUUAGAUGCAGAUGAAGAAACUGUGACAAGGGAGUUUCUUCAAAUGCUUGAGGACGAAGAGAUCAGUGGAUACUACUACAAAACCAGUCAACCUCGAGUUCCUCCUGCAAAACUCGAAGGGCAAAAGAAUGCUGCAGAUGAGGAGUCCAAAGCGUAUCUUCCCGAUCUUGGUAAGGGCUUGGGUUGUGUAGUUCAGACAAGAGAUGGGGGUUACUUGGCUUCUAUGAAUCCGUUAGAUGAUGCUGUUGCUAGAAAAGACACUCCAAAGCUAGCAAUGCAGAUGUCAAAGCCUUUUGUGUUACCAUGGAAUCAGUCCUCGAGUGGAUUUGAGUUAUUUCAGAAACUGGCUAGCAUGGAGCUAGAUGAACUAAGCUCUCAUGUUUUCACCUUAAUGCCCAUAGAUGAACUGAUGGGUAAAACCGCAGAGCAGACAGCUUUUGAAGGCAUUGCUUCUGCCAUUAUACAAGGAAGAAACAAGGAAGGAGCGAGUUCAAGCGCUGCUCGUAUAGUUUCUGCCCUGAAAAACAUGGCAAAUGCAAUGAGUGACGGAAGGAAGGAGAGAAUUUCAACAGGACUUUGGAAUGUGGAUGAAAACCCGCUAACAGCAGAGCAAAUUCUAGCAUUCUCACUGCAGAAGAUUGAGUCCAUGGCGGUUGAGGCAUUGAAAAUUCAAACUGACAUGGCCGAGCAGGAGGCUCCUUUUGAUGUGUCGCCACUGAGCACAAAGACAGGAGGCAGUAGCGUAGAAGAUCUUUUUGCUUCUGCAGUUUCACUUGAAGAAUGGAUCAACGAUCAAAGAGAAGUAGCAAACAUUGCCCUGAUAAUGGUCGUCCAACUUCGGGAUCCAGUAAGACGGUAUGAAGCAGUCGGAGGCCCUGUCAUAGUACUUAUUAACGCAACAAGUGCUGAUCCAGAAGGUAAUGAAUAUGGUGAUGGUGAAGACAAGAGAUUCAAAGUAACAAGCAUGCAUGUGGGAGGCGUCAAGCUGAGAAGUGGAAGGAAGAAAAGUGGAUGGGACAGUGAGAAGCAAAGGCUAACUGGGAUGCAAUGGUUGGUUGCAUUUGGGUUAGGGAAGGUAGGGAAGAAGGGGAAGCACCAAUUGUCCAAAGGGCAAGACUUGUUGUGGAGUAUUUCCUCGCGAAUCGUGGCUGACAUGUGGCUCAAACCCUUGAGGAAUCCAGACGUCAAACUUGUUAAAUAGUUGCUCAUCAGCUCCUCACGUUUUAUUACUUGAUUGCGGCCCGGCCUGUGAGGACUCCAUUUAUGCAGAUAUCAUUAUUUACAAUUACAAUUGUUGGUUUUUUUUUUUUCCUUUUUCUUCUUCGUUUUAAAUAAAAUUCUCCCUCUAAUAUACAGAACAUGACAUUUAAUUGCAAAUUUGCCUGUAACUAUGUUAUGUUAUACUAUAGCAUGUCUUUGUGUACUCAGCAGCCAGCAUACAUAAAGGGGAUACAGAAUUAUGGACUAAUGAGAACUUCCACGGGACGA